AUGGCUCACCAUGACGAUAUUGAUGUGAAGGCAGAAUCCGUAGCGGAUGCGGUGAUAGGGAUGAAACUGGAGCGGGACAGUUCGACUGAGGGAGUAUCCCCCAACGGCAGGCCCUCGAAAAAUGGAGAGGCCAAUGGUACUCCUGCCGCACCAGCAAAGUCAGCAGUUUCAUCCCCCGACAGACCAUCUUCUGCUUUGAAAGAUGAAGAGCCCGAAGAAAAAGUUGGAGGUGAUAUCACCGUCAAACAAGAGCCAGGCCAGCCUCCAAAACUGGCUCGCUCCGCCUCAAAAAAAGUUGUUCCACGGCAACCCCAGAUGUUCGACCAUCUCCCAGACAGCACAGCAGAGGCGACCUCCCUUUUUCAAGUAAUAGAUGCAUGCACGUAUUCAAAUAAGAAUAUGGGCUAUACGGACCAUGCUAUGGAAUGCGACUGCGCUGAAGAGUGGAACUCCAAGACAGGAAUAAACGAGGCCUGUGGAGAAAAUUCAGAUUGCAUAAAUAGGGCCACAAAGAUGGAAUGCGUUCAAAACUGUGGCUGUGGUGAUAAUUGCCAAAAUCAACGCUUCCAGAAACGACAAUAUGCGGAUGUGACCGUUAUUAAAACAGAGAAAAAGGGCUUUGGCCUACGAGCAAACACUGAUUUACAGCCGAAUGACUUCAUCUUUGAAUAUAUUGGUGAAGUUAUCAAUGAACCGCAGUUCCGAAAGCGUAUGAUCCAGUACGAUGAGGAGGGCAUUAAGCAUUUCUAUUUCAUGUCCCUGAAUAAGGGAGAAUUUGUUGAUGCAACUAGAAAAGGCAACUUAGGACGGUUCUGCAACCAUUCCUGCAAUCCUAAUUGCUAUAUCGACAAAUGGGUUGUCGGAGAGAAGCUUCGCAUGGGCAUAUUUGCUGAGAGGCAUGUCAAGGCCGGCGAAGAAUUGGUCUUUAACUAUAACGUCGACAGAUAUGGUGCCGACCCACAACCAUGUUACUGUGGCGAGGCAAACUGCCUCGGUUAUAUUGGUGGGAAAACACAAACAGAACGAGCAACGAAGCUAUCUAAUGCCACCAUUGAGGCAUUGGGAAUUGAUGACCUGGAUAGCUGGGACACUGCUCUUCCUAAACGUCCAAAGAAGAAGAAAACUGCUGAAGAUGAUGAAGAAUAUGUCGACAGAUUUCAGCCCAAAUCGCUGGAUGAAGAGGGUGUCACAAAGGUUAUGGCAACCCUCAUGCAAUGCAAAGAGAAAUGGAUUGCUGUUAAGCUUUUGGGCCGGAUUCAACGCUGUGAUGAUGAACGGGUCAUUAACAGGAUUGUUAAAAUGCAUGGUUACCAAAUCCUCAACUCCCAGCUUGCUGCCUGGAAGGAAGACUUCAACGUCGUCUUGCAGAUUCUCGAGAUCUUGGACAGAUUUCCUCGACUUACGCGCAACAAAAUCAUCGACUCCAAGAUUGAGAAUACCGUCAAGCCAUUGACUGAAUGUGGCGAUGAGAGAGUCGAAAAACGAGCCGCUUCGCUCCUUGAGACUUGGUCUGCGCUUGAAGUUGGCUACCGAAUUCCUCGAAUGAAGAGAGACCCUACGUUAACUGCCAAUAUCCCCUCUGCAAAGCAAUUCGAACGCCGAGAAAUGCGUGAACGUGAAGAUCGGCCACGAAAGUCGAGGUCGAAGUCACGCACCAAAUCUCCAAGAUCUCCUGACCCUACCAAAGUUGCCCCCCGAGGCCCAGCAGCCCUUAACAGAGGUGGAAAGAAUCACAGAAACUCAUACCAUCCAAACCCACGGCCAUUCCGCCGCCCAUUUAACCCUCUGCCUUCCGGAUGGUUCGCUGCGGAGGCAAAUGGGAAGACAUAUUAUUACUCUGCCCGAGGAGAUACUACUUGGGUUAGACCAACAACUCCUGCUCCACAACCGCCGCCGCCGCCAAAACCUGAGUCAAAGGAUAAGACAUUGCAGGACAUUAUCGAUGGGAUCAUGAAUUCAAAAGAAGAUACUCCCAAAUCUAAAGAUAAGGAUGUGUCUGCUACACCAGCAACUCCUGCCGAAAUUCCGGAAAAGAAGGAACACAGGCAGAAAUGGAAAUCGUUCAGCGAAGAGAAACAGAAGAAGGUCUAUGAAAAUACGCUGUUCCCGCAUGUCAAGUAUGUAGUGGAUAAAUUUAAAAACAAGUUGCCCAAGGAUGACCUGAAACGCUACGCAAAGGAGGUUGCGAAAAAGCUUGUGAAUUCAGAUUUUAAGAAUAACCGCGUCAGUGAUCCUACGAAAGUUAGCGACAAGCAGGUAAAACAGGUGAAAAAGUUUUGCAAGGAAUACUUUGAAAAGGCUGUUGUUAAGCACCAAGUAUACGAGAAGAAGAAAGCCGAGUACAAGAGCAAACAGAACAGGCGGUCAGAUAAUGGCUCUCGGGAACAAGCUAUCCCCAGCACCGAUAAACUUGAUGAGAGUGAUGGUGAAGGCGAUGCCAACUUAUCGGAUAAUGACGAGGCCAGUCAGGAAGACACUCAGGGCUUAUCACCUCGCGAAGAAGAGGAGGUGACAUCAGGAGGGAGCCUAAAAAGGAAACGUGAGGUCGAGGAUGCGAUGCGAGAAGAGAACAUUGACGGCUUUGAUGUGUCAUCACCUUCUAAACGGCAAAGAUCUGAAUCUCCUCCGGUCCCUCCGCCGCCUCCACCACCAAUGAGCCCUGAUGAUUCCAUGGAAGUACAUGAUAUGGAUGGAGGGUUGAAGAGAAAGCGAGACGAGGAAUUUGACCCUGAAGAUGAAAACACACUUGGCUCCAGGUCACCCGGAAAGGAAAAUUCAUACGAAUCCCCACCAGCCCCUCCACCCCCUCCACUCCCUGCAGAUAUCCCUGACAGGAGCCUUGACCAAUGUGGUGACCAACAAAAAAACAUAGCCAUAUUCACAAACGAAAUAGAUAAACAACAUGGCUAA